CGAACGGGCGACACAAAACACAGAUCAUGAAAAGAAUUUUGUCUCUAUUUUUGUCAGUUUUAAGCCAUCUCAUGAGAGACAAAAGACUCGAUUUAAUCCGGAUAUCUGGUUAACAUUUACUGUGAUUUUGAUUUAAUAUUUAGCUUCCUGAAUUCGAAAAUUCAAACAAAAUUAUUCGUUUCAUUCGUAUUUUGUUGUUUCAUUGUUCGCGGCAGAAAAAUUUGUGAGACCAUCGCACGUUUGGCACGGCAAACAACGCCGACUCGCACUCGAGAGCAGGAAAGCUCAUUUUUGCGUUGAGGCAGCGAGCCGUGAGAGAGCCUUUGCGGCGCACAGUGGGAGCUCGGCGCAAAAAGUGGCGACAAAUGUUUUGAGGGAAAACGUAUCUGAUGGAGUACUCUUCGGCGAUUUGAAAAUCGGUAGCAGAGAAAAUCAAACUUCUAUUUAGGAGAUAUAUCGCAUGAUUAUCAUUUUGCUGUCUCUCUUUCGGAAACUAUUAAUUUAGCAACCUGAAAUGAGCCCAAUCACCACUGUGCGUCCGCAAACGUACGGAUUUCUGUCUCUCUGUCGCUCUGUUUGAAAAAUUGCCUACAAAUGGAAAUGGAAGAUGAAACGUGUGUGCAAAGCUUUAAAAUUAUUUGUUUUGUCUGGAAAAUGGAGGAAAUCAAGAAAAUCGAACGACUGUUGGUGGAGUUGGAUGAGCGUGUCGAAACCGCAGCGGAUCGAACGUACUUUCAGAGGGAAACAUUACGCGUGGCGGAUUUCAUUUGGAAGAGUAUUCUCUUUGCUGCUUUGUUGGCCAUUGGCACAGGCACAGCCUUUGGCCUGUUUAAACAUGACAGAAAGUUGCUCUAUCCCGGCUGGUUUCCCUACGAUAUUCACUCUUCGAAUCUGCGCUUUUGGUUGAGUUUUGCUUACCAGGCAGCUGGACAUAGUUUGGCCAUUCUGCAGAACCUCACAAAUGACUCGUAUCCACCGAUGACCUUUUGUUUGGUUGCUGGACAUGUGAGGCUGCUCUCCAUGAGACUGAGUCGAAUGGGUUAUGAGAGGAAGUCAACGAGGGGCAGAAUGGUUAGAGAGUUGGUGGAGAACAUUGAGGAUCAUAGAAAGUUAAUGAAAAUUGUUGAACAUCUCCGCAGCACCAUGCACCUCCCACAACUUGGACAAUUCAUCUCGAGUGGCAUCAACAUUUCCAUUACGCUCGUCAAUAUUCUCUUCUUUGCGGAGAACAAUUUUGCGAUGACCUACUACGGCGUGUACUUUGUGGCCAUGCUCGUGGAACUCUUUCCCAGCUGCUAUUAUGGCACUCUCGUGUCCAUGGAGCUCGAUCGACUGACGGACUCCAUCUUCUCCAGCAAUUGGGUGGGCAUGGAGCGCGGCUACUGCCGCACUCUGCUGAUUUUCAUGCAACUAACUCUGGCGAAGGUGGAGAUCCGUGCGGGUGGCAUGAUUGGCAUUAGUUUGAAUGCAUUUUUUGCCACCAUUCGCAUGGCUUACUCUUUUUUUACUGUGGCUAUUUCGUUGAGGAAAUAA